UUGUCAUUCUGUAGUUCUAUGCUAAUGACAGUUCCAUCAUAAAUGUUGUCAUUCUGUAGUUCUAUGCUAAUGACAGUUCCAUCAUAAAUGUUGUCAUUCUGUAGUUCUAUGCUAAUGACAGUUCCAUCAUAAAUGUUGUCAUUCUGUAGUUCUAUGCUAAUGACAGUUCCAUCAUAAAUGUUGUCAUUCUGUAGUUCUAUGCUAAUGACAGUUCCACUAUAAUUUUAUUUCUCUCUCCAGAGCCUGAAGGAUCUUCCAUAGUGGUGUGUGCUGUCUGGUGUUAAAGUCAAGUGGGGAGUUCAAAGAUGGGUAACAAAUCAACAACUACAAGAGGUCUAAAUGACCACAACAAUAUGGCCAGUGGAGAGGAUAGUCUAGAUGACCACAACAGUAUGGCCAGUGGAGAGGAUAGUCUAGAUGACCACAACAGUAUGGCCAGUGGAAAAGACUUAUCAAAAUGUUUUACAGGUACACAUGAAGUACAAGAAUGUCUUGAAGGUCAAGGUGAGGUAGAUCUACACACACACCUGGCAAACUGUGAGAAAAAUCCUGGCCAUAAAAACUUUGUACCUGUAAAUCAGUUAAGUGUUGAACAUUUUCCUUCUGGUUACCAUGACAACGAUGUGUAUGACCUAACAAAAGCCCUGGCUGACCUAACUAUCAGGAUAGCCGUUAAGUUGACCAGUCCAGACAGACCAGAGUUUGUACCAGGCACUAAAGAUCCAUAUCCUUGCUACAACACCAGGGGACAGAACUCACUGAGGACAGGGACUGGGAGGUUGGGGCAUGUGCACAAGUGCACAGAGGGAGAGGAUGGCAGAACUUGUCCAUGUCCUGAAUGUGACCACUCGGACACACCCAGCAAAGUGUGGUGGAGGGCUAUUGUGUUGACAGCCAGACAUGUGGUUUUUGAUGAGAGUGAGGCGAGACAGUCCAGCUGUAGGUUGUGGUUUGAUGAUGAUAAAAGUCCAGUGGUCAACAUUUAUGGGUGGAAGGUGGAUGUGUCAGACACUGAGAGAGACAGGUGUUGGUUGUGUUGUGUGACACAUGACGUAGAUGUAGGUGGUAAACUGGAGGAGAUGGAUAGGCGGUUUGAUGGUCUAUGUGAGAAAGUACAGGACAAAUACGAGAGUCGUAGAGAGGUGGACAAGCUGACCAUUAUAGUGUCACAUCCUCAUGGCUGUUCUAAGCAGGUCUCUGUAGGUCACUGGGUGGACAGGCAGGUGGUGAGGGGUAAGUGGACCAGGUACAGGUACACAACGUCCACCUGUCCAGGUAGCAGUGGGGCUCUGGUCUACAGAGUGGGGGGUGGCAGGUGGUCUGAACAUCCCCACAGUGGAGUUAACUCUGGUGGAUUAAAUUAUAGUGGGCUGUGGCUGGACAGAUACUUGUAG